GGCAACAACGUAAGAGCAGCCUCAAACUGAUCUCAGAGAAACGUGCUGUUCGCAGUCACUGCAAACCGGAUCAUUGGCCUCUCACAUUACUCACCCUUGAAGUUCUAUCGUUCCUUCGUUAACACCGUGUGAUCGCAUCGUUGUUCUAACCUAAACGUGGAAGAGCAACUUGCUUCGGAAAUAAGAAAGCGACUUUCGACCAAAUUAAGGAGCGGGAUUGGAAAAGAAAGGAUUUUCACUGUUGAUGUGGACAACAAUCUAGCUCAGGUGACUGGCGUAAGUCUUAAAAGCUUCAGCGAACGAGUGAAACAAACAACAUGGCGAUUGCGUCCUUCAUCGACAAAGGCCCUUCAGUUGACUGGAGUACAGACGAAAACCUAUACAGCCGGUUCAAAAACUGGAAACAAAGAUGCGAAUUUCUAUUCACCGGGCCGAUGGCUAAAAUUGACGAGGAAAUCAAGUGUAAACAUUUGUUGUACUAGUCGGGAAAGCAAGGUAUUGAACUGUUCAACAGCUGGGAUCUGUCUGCAGACGAGCAGAAAAGACUGGACAACUACUCAGUGGGAAAGAUUUGAGCACUUCGUGAAACCACACUUAAAUGAGUUAAUAGCAGCGUGGGAGCUUUAUAACCUUCGACAAGGUACUCUCUCUCUUGAGGAAUUUAUUGCGAAAUUAAGAAUUCUUGUGAAGGAAGCCAACUAUCCAGUUGAACACAACGAUCGUUUCCUUAGGGACUUUCUUGUGCUGGGUAUGAAAUCUGACCGUAUACGUAAGGACCGCUUCAAGGUUGGAAAUGCUCUCACGUUUAACGCAGCUCGUGAGAUGGCCAAGUCAGAAGAGUCAGCAGAAAAACACUUCAGUUAAUGAAUACCGAAGUACACUCCAUCAAUGCACCUGAAGGAUACCAAGGCCUCAAAAAUCAGCGACAAACACUGGCUCAGGUAAACGGUCUGGGUAUCACCUGCCCGGACUAUAAACAGGUUGUGAGAUCAAACGGUGAACAAGAAUGCAAAGUUCCGCUUGGCAUGGAAAACGGCAACAUCCAGGACGAUCAAAUAACUGCGUCCUCGCAAUGGAACUCAGUCACUCACGGCGUCACCCGGGCUAGAUUGAAUCUUCUGCCAAGUUCAGGAGCGGGAGGAUGGGUGGCUUUACAACACACAAUUCAUGAGUGGCUCCAGGUGGACCUGCGCAGUCGCUAUACAAGUGUAACAGGCCUAGCUACACAAGGAAGGAAUGAUCACGGUCAAUGGGUGACUAAAUACAACGUACAGUACAGUAUUGAUGGAGUUGAGUUUGAGUAUUACAAGGAAAGUGGUCAGUCACUACGCAAGGAGUUUUCCGGAAAUCAGGACCGUGAUACAGUUGUAUAUCAUGAACUUAACCCACCAAUCACAGCGCGGUAUAUCCGUUUCCGACCUCUAACCUGGCAAGGCCUUGUGUCGAUGAGGGUGGAACUUUACACCUGUCUGCAAGUAUGCACUGCGCAAGCCGUUGGUAUGGAAACUGGUGAAAUUCUUGAUUCUCAACUGUCUGCUUCAUCGGGAGUGCCUUCAAAGGCUCGCUUGAACGGAGUAACGACCUGGUGUAAACACUGGCCGGGCAAUGCGAAUGAGAGUGUGUACUACCAGAUAGAUUUUGGCCGUCCUUACCGUAUUUGUGCAGUUGCCACUCAAGGAAAUAACGGUGGGAACUAUGAUUAUUUGAAAGAAUACAUACUGAGAUGGUCUCACGAUGGUGUUAACUGGGAGGAAAGUCCAGAGGUAUUAGAAGGAAAUAGCAACGCACAUGAAGUAAAGAAAAACAUCAUUUCGGUGAUUCACGCUCGAUAUUUCCGCCUUAUACCGUUGAAAUGGAGUGUCUGGCCAUGCACAAAACUGGAAGCUUACGGCGAACCUUGGCCAGAAGUCUCGGGAGCGUUGUUUGAACCGCGGUUCGGCCCGGGUAAAGCACUGCCAGGUCAUGUGAUUUCAUCACGGAGUGUCACUGACGUCAUGCAGUGCAUCCAGUUAUGCUUGGUAACCAAUCAAUGCAAGUCGAUUAAUUUUAGCAGCCAGCUAAAGGAAUGUGAAGUGAGCGGCUCCAAAAGUGAGAUAGCCAGUAUCCGAGAACGGAAGGGCUUUCAUUAUUACGAGGUCGUUUCUUUCCAAGGCAUAUACAUUUGAGAAAAUGCCCAUGCUUCCGAGUUGCUUUUACGUAGUAGCUGCGACAGUAGCUAUGCUGUGAAACCUUGAGCUUAAUGAAAGUAGAAACUUUCCAAAAUUUCUGCUCACAUGUCCACACUUUUCAUCCUUCCCAGCACUAAAUGCUAUCUUCAUCAUGACGUAACUUUUCCCGGCUCCUUCAUAGCCUUCAUCUAUCCGUUCUGAAUCUUGAAUCUUUAAACAAGGAUAGAAUAUGACGAUGUCCAACAAGUGUGAAGACAGUGAUAUACUACUUCAAAAUUUGCAGGGACUGAUAAUUGCUGUUAUAAAUAUAUGGUUCGUUAUGUAAUUUCUCACCUUUCACAUACAUCGUCUUGUUUGAGUAUCAAGUAUUUAUCUUAACAUUGUUAACAUUUUCAUGAAUUUUAACCAAUUCUAUUUCAUUAUCAAUUUUAACUAAUUACCUUUUAAUUAAAUUUAUAAUCAGUUCCCAUUAUGUAGUUUUUACUGGUAAUUUACUAUUGCCAUUUAAAUAAAGGAAUUAUUAUUAUUGCUAUCGUUAUUUUUUAAAAAACCUGCCCAAAGGGUAGAUUAUUUAUCAACUCAAGGGUACUAGGUAACACCCCUGUUUUUCUUCAGGCCAAAAACUGGUUCCCUAAUGACAAUCACUUAUCAAAAGUUGAAGGAUAUGUUCAUGUAAGGUGCAGUUACCAGCAUUUACUGGCUAUCAUUUACUUAGAACAUUUAGUUCCAUUUUUUUUUUAAACAUGGCCAUCUCUAACCUUAUGGUUUUGUUUAUAAUUACAGCAUGUGUACUACGCACUUUUUGUUUGAUUCAAUAUGAUUUUGAUGAGGGAUGUUUUGGUGAUGGUGGCAGUCACGAUGAAAGUAAUUAGUCAAAUUUCAAAGAAGUAUCUGAUAACGUAGGCAAGUUGAUAUACUAUAAAGUCAAGUUACGUAUUAACCCCGAUGUGUCUCCAGUGGACCAUCCGAUCAGGCGUUCUCCAUUCUGUGACUGACCCUUUUAUAGUAAUGCUUUCCUACUUGGCUUUGAACAGACAAGC